AUGGCUGACAAAGGUCGUCCGCUAAUGAGAAGAAAAGAGAAAGCGUCCGCUGAAAGGACCAAGGAUGUACAGAAAGUGAAGAGUGAAGGAGAGCGAGCGGUGGAUAACGGAGAGGCCCCUCCAGCUGAGGCCUCUAACGGGGCAGUCGAUGGCAGUCAGAACGGAGAAUCACCGGUUGAGCCAAUGGAACUUCCUCCAUUUGAAAUCAUCCAAGGGGACCGGAUUGAUCCUUUUGCCUUUAAGUUCCAGUUCAAGAACGUGGAAUACUCUUCGGGACGCAACAAGACCUUCCUGUGCUACCUGGUGGAUGAAGGGCAAGCAGCUGAUGGGCUCCUCAGGGGCUACCUGGAGGAUGAGCACACAGGGGCUCAUGCUGAGGAAGCCUUCUUCACGCAGUGCCUCCUGAACUACGACCCCGCCCUCAGAUACACAGUCACCUGGUAUGUGUCUUCCAGUCCGUGCUCUGCUUGUGCAGCAAAGAUAGCCGAAGUGUUGAAGGCCAGGACCAACGUGAAGCUGAGCAUCUUCGCUGCUCGCCUGUUUGAGUGGGAAGAAACAGAAAUCCAGGUGGGACUGAAGGCCCUGCACGCCACCGGCUGCAAGCUGAGGGUGAUGAAGCCGCUGGACUUCUCCUACACAUGGGAAACAUUUGUGGAGAACGAGGAAGAACCUCUGAACCUGUGGGAGGACUGCAAAGAAAACUACGAGUUCUACCAGGAGAAGCUGGCGGACAUCCUCCAGUGA